AUGUUCACCUUCUCCAAUGCCAUCAAGUUUAACUACAGUCGACAAAUCAUGGUGAUACACGCUAUGACUUGGACUAUAAUUUCCGCUUACGUCUCAGAUUCCUUAGCUAGGGAAGUGGACAGUACGGAAUGUCAAGGAUCCGAAACUUGGAGUCACAAUGCAGACCUGUCGUUUGCCUACGCCUUGAGUGAUCACAUCAUUAGAGCUGUCGCUUGCAGCAGAGUUCAGACAACUUUAUCUCAUCGGUGA